AUGGCGCCUACCAGGGCCUUCGACGUGGUUAUUUGGGGUGCCACUGGCUUCACUGGCAGGCUGGUGGCGGAGCACCUGGCUCGGGACUAUAAAACUGGAGUCAAGUGGGCGAUUGCGGGGCGCAGCCAGGAGCGGCUGGAGAAGCUGCGGCUGGAGCUGAGCGAGCAGUAUGGCAGCGAGCUGCAGGAGGUGCCCAUCCUCAUCGGGGAUUUGAAGUCCCAGCCCAGCCUGGACAGCAUCGCAUCCCAGACCACUGUCAUGAUCUCCACGGCGGGGCCCUUUGCGCUCUACGGCACACCCGUCGUGGAUGCGGCCGUGCGCUCCGGCACCCACUAUGUCGACAUCACGGGCGAGGCCCCCUGGGUGUCCAAGAUCAUUGCGGCCUAUCACGAGGAGGCGGCGGCCAAGCGGGUGCGCAUCGUGCCCUGCUGCGGCUUCGACUCCACUCCCUUUGACCUGGGCGCGCUGCUGGUGAUAGACCACAUGCGCAAGCAGCUGGGCAAGCAGCCCGCCAAGGUGCUGAACGCGGUGAUGGGGAGCAAGGGCGGCGUAUCGGGUGGCACCAUCGCCAGCGGCAUGAACGCCAUCAGCGAGAUGAACAGCAACCCCGCGCUGAAAGCCUCUGCCAGGGAUGUGUACAGCCUGGUGCCUGAGGAGGCGCACGGCAGUGAUGGCGAGUUCUGGGGCGUGGAGUGGUGCCCGGAGCUGGGCAAGUAUCUUGCACCCUUCGUCAUGCAGGUGGUCAACAACCGCGUGGUGCACCGCUCCAAUUACCUGAACAAGUACGACGGCGGCAGCAGUACACUGCGGUACCAGGAGGCGGUGGCCGCCAAGUCGUGGCUGGCCGCCAAGUCGGUGCAGCUGGGCACGCUGGCGGUGGUGGGGGCCAUGGGCCAGAGCUGGAUGCACCCGCUGCUCAAGAAGCUGCUGCCGGCGCCGGGCGAGGGCCCCAGCCGGGAGACGAUGAUGACGGGCUACUUCAAGAACAGGGUGGUGGGCUGGACCAAGGAGGAGGGCGGCGCGCAGCCCAGCGUGGUGCAGGCGGAGGUUGCAGACCCUCACAGAGAUGGGGGGUACUGGGGAACCAGCAGAAUGCUGCUGGAGGCGGCGCUGUGCCUGGCGCUGCAGCAGCAGGAGCUGGAUGCAUCGCCAGAGGUGCUGAAGGGCGGCGUGCUGACCCCGGCCUCGGCGAUGGGCAUUUUCCUGGUGGAGCGGCUGCGCAAUGCUGGCCAGACGUUCAAGAUCUUGGAGGGUGGCGCCAGCACGGCCUGA